AUUCGAAGAAAAGUCGAGGAAAUUUCCACGUUUGACGAUUUCCCCUCGCGUUUCACCACGAUCCGCCACGCUCACCUGGAUGAACCAUAGAUACGGGCGAUCCGUAAAAUCUAUUGCAUUGGAGUUAGGCAUACAUCGCGUUCGACUCCUUGCAAUUGGUUGACGUCGACGCAUGCUACCAAAACUGACAUGAAAUGGUUUAUAAAUGCCCGGUCGGUUGCAAUAAAACUUACUGUUUACUAGCAUUUAUUUCCGAAUUGACCUGAUUUUGUGCAGAUAUUCUGACGUUGCUUCUUACGCUUGCCCUCGAGUGCUAUCGCCUCGGCCCUGGCUGAGCGCUGAUUGAUACUACCAGUGCAACUUGACGUUUGCAUAAAGCAAGUUCAAAUUGGGACACCAGACUAUAUAAUAUCGGCACACCGGUGUUUGUAAUGCACAUCUCACACCCCUGCCCGAUACCAUUAUGACCAGUACAGGUGCAUCCAUUCAUACGAAUCCUGCUGCCUUGUUUGGCGUAGAGGGACAGGUCGCUGUGGUCACAGGUGGUGGCACCGGUAUCGGACUCAUGAUUGCUACUGCACUAGAGAACAACGGUGCCACCGUGUACAUCAUUGGUCGGAGGCUUGAAGUCAUAGAAAAGGCUGCCAAGGAGAACAACAAAUUCGGAAAGCUCAUCCCGUUACAGGGUGACAUCACGUGUCGUCAGUCUCUCACAAAGCUCGUCGAGACCGUCAGAACACGCCAUGGCUAUAUUGACCUCCUUGCGUUCCAGAGUGUCCUUUGGGAUACCGGAUCACCAGAAGGCUUUGCCGAGACGUUUGAUACGAACGUCACUGCCAUUUAUUUCACUACCGUCGCCUUCCUCGAGUUGCUUCACCUUGGCAAUCUAAGAAGGGGUGAUUUGCCACCUGUCAUGUCGCUGCGUCCACAGGUAUUCAACAAGGAGCCCUGUGAUGAUGCUUCGAACGAUCGAGGCUCCGCAUCCUUCAGUCCCUCAGUGGCCUCUCAUUCCUUGCCCCCAACAUCGCCCUCACCUCUUGCGUCCCUUCCUGCAGGAUUGUCCUCCACUGAUUCUACCCAGGCCACUCAUCUUCCGGAGAAUUGCAUUCCACAGCCGAGAUCUCAGGUUAUCACCAUCUCCUCAUCUGGUUCCUUUCGUAUUGAUGCGCGAGUCCUAUCUAUCUCUUACACGAUGGCAAAGAGUGCUUGCACACAUCUCGGAAGGCUUCUUGCUAACCUUCUGGCUGAUUGGGGCAUUCGUUCCAACGUACUAUGCCCAGGCGUUUUUCCAAGCGAAAUGACAUCAACUCAACACCUCACGCCUGCCCUUUUGGCUCAAGCUGUCCCUCUUGGGCGCGCAGGUGUCCUAUCUGAUAUUUCAGGUCCUAUUCUUUUCCUUGCUGGCCCUGCAGGAGCGUACGUUAACGGCGCAGUAUGGCUGGUUGAUGGGGGACGAGUUGGCUCUGUCGCCAGUUCCUACCACUGAUUCGAUUGGGUGCCUCGGCCUACAGAUCAUGCAACGGGUCGGCUCACAUGUUUGUUUGCGCCCUCGGAUGAGAAGUACUUCGCACUUACUAUGAGCGGUCCACCGAUUAUCUUUGUUAAUCUAUCGUACAGCCAUCGAAACAAACACCCGUAUCCACGGCUUUCAUGAUUCCUCAAAAGUUUUUUUUUUCGUCUGCGCUGACCCGGAAGGGAGCUGUUUGAUAC